AUGGAAUCUGUGAUACUCAAAGCACGCCAACAAGAAGAGCGCCAGGCCGCUAUCCGCGCGCAGAUCGCGGCGUUGCAAGCUCAGCUGGUAGAUCCGUCGUCCGCCUCGACCUCCUCUCAACGGUCAACCGGUAACUUGGGCGGAAACAUCUCCAGACAACAGAAGAGGAAAGCGGAGGAGCAUAUUCACGUAUUAGCGCCGCGGACGCCGUCGCCCAAGAAGAAGAAGACGGACCGCUUCAGUGCGUUUGAAGGCCGCGCGCGUGCAUCUGAGGCAUCUGCUCCCUCGAGGCCAUCGUCUUCAUCAACCGCGUCUGGCUCCGGAGCGAGCAAACCUCUCCCGUCGAAGAACGUACACACCGUCACGCCUGCAUUGAAACCUGCCGCCUCUGCCGUCGUCGGCAAACUCGCUGCUUAUACCAAACAGCAAGGUGCCAAGGCUGAAAACGAGGAAGAGAUCGCCCGGUCAGCCGGCUUCGCCGACGCCCCGGCGUGUAUGAACAUCGCACAGCGAGACGAAAAUCUUGCCAUCGUAGAGGAGCUACAAAUGGGAACGGGGGAGCGAGAGCAUCAGCCACCUCCGGGCGACCCGGCGUUCAAUACGCUCGAGCCCAACUCUGGCAUCCGCUUAUCGUCGCGAGCGCUACCCUACGAAGACUUCCAAGAGCACCUCCGCGGCCGCUUCUUCCUCUCCCCCUCCUUGCUUUACUCCGUCGUGCGCCUCCUUCCCAACCGCGCGGGGUACGAUGUGCCCGUUCCCGGGGACUGGGUCACGGUCGCCGUCGUCGCCGAGCGUGGGCCGAUCAAGUUCAGCCGAGCACCGGUGGGCGCGCCCCGGGAGGAGGACGAGAGCGCGGUGAGGGAGGACGGCGCGAUUCAGGUCCGUCCUGCGCACGUCGCGUCGGGUGACCAGAAGCAGGACAAGGGCAAGCAGAAGCAGAAGGAGGACAAAGAGGCGGGAAAGCCGCACGGGAAGAAAUACGUGUCGAUCAAGCUGGUCGACUUCGGCGCGCGAUCGGCGGCGUCGUCGAAUUCGAAGGCGACGAUUCGGGGCGACGCGUUCUUGACGCUUCUCCUCUUUGAAUCGGACUCGGUGGAAACCGUCGAGCACGAUGAGGAGGAGGAGGAUGGGCGAAAGAUGAAGGCGAAGGCGAAGGGCAAGGCGAAAGAGAAGGUGUACAAGGGCGGGAGCCGGGGCGCGUUCGAGAAGAUGGCCAAGUUGAAGGAGGGCGCGGUGGUCGCGCUGCUGAAUCCGCGGAUACUCAAACCGUUCCAGCGCUCGGCGGACGACCCGCAUCCUGUCACUAACAUUCUUGCGCUCACGCCCGAGUCGGCCGCGUCCAUCGAGAUCCUCGGCACCGCGCGCGAUCUCGGGAUGUGCACCGUCACGAAGCGGGACGGCAAGACGUGUGGUGCGUGGGUGGACAAGCGCGUCGCGGACGUGUGCGAGUGGCACGUCCAGCACGCAGUGCAGAGCCGGCGGGCGGCCAGGCCCGAAUUCUCCCUCGGAACCUCGGGCAUGUCUAGCAAGGCAACGCAUAAGCGCAAACACGACUACGACCCUCGCAGGCAGUGGGGCCUCAAGCCUGAAGAUAACCAUCUUGACGGCGGCGGGGCGACGUACGUCGUGUCCGGCCAUGUUGUGUCAGGUUCCGGCUCUGGCGUGGGGGAGGGGGGCUUGGGCGCGGGGCUGUUCGUGGGCGAGUCUUUGGGGCGAGAGGUGCAGGCCAAGGCGGCGAGGAAGAAGGCCGGGAGGGAGGCGGAGCGAACGUUGAAACUCUUGGUGGAGCGAGAUCGGGAGGGGAUGCGAGCGGUUGUUAGGGCACGGGAGGCGGUCACUACUCGGAAGGAGAAUGCGAAGGACACAAAGGGAAAGGAGAAGGAGAAGGAGAAGGAGAAGGAGAAGGCGGUGGAGAAUGACGGUGCGGUGAAGGGGAGUGAGUCAAAGAAGGGAGGGUAUUCUGCGGCGAUCAUCAAGAACCUUGGGUUCGACCCGGCGCUCAAAGCGGGUCACGGCGCUUCCGAGCAGUACAAGGAGGACGAGAAGCUGAAGCUGCUGAGCGCCUUGCAAUCCUCGCGUACGGCCGCAAACAUCGAGCUGGGACCUAGACCAGGAAAGCGGAUCAGAUCAGCCGUUAUGGCGCCGCCCAAGGGCAAAGAGCAGAAUAAGGGCCUGAAAGAGAACGUACCUAGAAGGAGCGCCGCAUUCGGGCGUCCUGUUGGGCUCAUCAGCGGCGACACGGAGAUUGAUCUGGAUGAGGAUAGCAGUGAGGUGGAAGUUGAAGCUGCAGUGAUGGCGGGUGUGAAGUAGAGUCUGCAGCCGAAGAUGCAUUCGCAUGAGACGCCUUCUUUGACGCUUGCACUGCUGCUCUCUGACCCUUGACACUGUAGUGCCGCCGUUCUGUAUCCGUGCUUCUGGUCCUACGCCACAACCUAAACUUGUAUUACCACAUGAGGUGAGCACAGCCACUGGGUCAGAAGUCCAAGCGGUGGCCGUGGCGCUAUCGCAGUGAUGCGGCAUGGCGCCUCCCCGUCAACCAAAUCACUCAUCGGGACCUCCCGAUUGGUCCAUACAUAUAAUGGUGUCUUGUGGCCGAGGCAUCCCAUAUGGCAUCCACUGAGCCGUCGACGGCGUGCGCGCCGGGACUGAAGGUCAUCGGGCCGGGCCUUGGAAGGACCGGGACCGGGUCGCUCAAGCUUGCUUUGGAAUAGCUAGGUUACAAGGUUCUGCAUAUGUCGGAGCACCCGAAGAAUAUCGAACACUUCUCGUAGCAAUGGCCCGUGAUAUACAAGAAGGUGGACGAAGGGGUCGUCACGCGGGCGGACUGGGACAAGCUAUACGGAGACUACACCGCGUGCACCGAUUAUCCGUCCGCCAUGUUCCCUCGCGAACUCCUUAUCGCGUAUCCUGACGCUAAGUUCAUUCUCACUGUACGUGAUGCGCAGAAAUGGAAAAAGAGCAACGAGAAGACUAUCUACCGCCCCGCCAGAAUACCCCUCCUGCAACUGACACAGCUCGUCGGCCCACCGCGGUCAAAGAUGAUCCGACCCAUCUCGAAGCGGAUCUGGAACGUGUUCUUUAAGGGCGAUUUCGAGAAGAAUGCGAUCAAGGUGUACGAAGCGCACAACAAGCUUUGCAAGGAUGUCAUUCCACCAGAACAGCUGUUGGUAUUCACCGUGAAGGAGGGCUGGGCACCACUGUGCGCUUUCCUGGGCGUGCCGGUCCCUGACAUGCCGUUCCCGCAUGAUAAUGAGGGCAAGGUGAUGGCGGCCCAAUUCGACGCGUGGGAGAAGAGCUUAAUACGCCUCUUCGUCAAGCAAUAUGUGGUGCCUGCUGUUGGGUUGUUGGCGGUCGCAGCGGCAGUCGGACUGAACCGACGGCGGGUUCGUGACACAAUGACCGAGCUCUGGGUGCAUGUGCGGAGAUAG